UGUGAUCUGUGUAGGUAACGUUUGGAGUUAGGACAAACAAAAACAUAAAAACAUGCGUGGCAGAACAACAAGAAGUGUCAAAUGAACAACACCAACAUAAACGCCCGUUCCAAUUCCCGACUCAGAUUCUAUCAGACUCAGCGUAGACUCGGUUGACUCGGUCUCACACAGUACACACCAUCCCCAGAAAAAUCAUUGAUUAUUUAUCGACUGACUCGGUGGCAGACUCGGCGCGGCGGAGAUGGCGUUGUUGGAGGAGAAGCGAGUGGAGGAAGAGUUAUCGUACCCGAUUAUGUUGGCGGAGCGAGUUCGCUCGGCGGUGGACGAGGCCGACUCAUUCAAAGCUGAGUGCUCGGAGGUGUGGAAGCAGGUCGAUCGCCUCCUCCAAAUGCUCCGAACCCUCGUCCGCUUUGCCACGGCCACCAACACCUCCGCCGCGUCGCCGCCGCUCUACGAGCGUCCUAUCCGCCGCGUCGCUGCCGAGACGGCGAAGAAUCUCGACCGCGCUCUGGCCCUCGUGCGCAAGUGCAAGCGCCGGAGCAUCCUCCACCGUGUUGUCUCCAUCGUUGGCGCCGCCGAUUUCCGCAAAGUCCUGGCCCACCUGGACGCGUCCGUGGGUGAUAUGAAGUGGCUCCUGAGCAUCUUCGAUGCCGACGGCGGCAUUGUCCUCUCGCUCCCUCCGAUAGCCAGCAACGACCCCAUUUUAUCUUGGGUAUGGUCUUUCAUCGCUUCCCUUCAAAUGGGUCAAUUAAAUGAUAGAAUUGAGGCUGCUAAUCAACUUACUUCUUUAGCUCAAGAUAACGAUAGGAAUAAGAAGAUCAUAGUUGAGGAAUGUGGGGUGCCUCCUUUGUUGAAGCUUUUCAAGGAAGGCACUUCCCCUCUUGCUCAAAUUGCUGCUGCCGGUGCUUUGUGUCAUUUGGCUAAUGAUUUGGAUAGGGUUAGAGUGAUUGUGGGUGAGCAUGGUGUGCCUGCUGUUGUGCAGGUUCUCAGUGACUCCCCCAUGAGGGUUCAGACCCUGGCUGCCAAUUUGGUUGCCAGGAUGGCCAAGCAUGACCCUGUGGCUCAGGAGGAUUUCGCCCGCGAGAACGUGAUUAGACCGCUUGUGACACUCUUGUCGUUUGACACCUUUGUGGAUGAUCAAUGGGAUCAUUUGGGGAAGCAAAGUAUUCACUCCAUUGUUCAGAUUAAUAAGGAGUUGGGAAAGGGUAGCCGAGGAGGUCGCCAUUUUGCGAAUUCCUACUCGAAUUCGUAUUUUUUUGCGGAGGGAAGUAGCCGGGGAGGGAAUCAUAAGAAGGAGAGGGAGAAUGAGGAUCCUGAGGUGAAGCUUCAGCUAAAGGUUAGUUGCGCUGAGGCGUUGUGGAUGCUUGCGCGAGGGAGUGUGACCAACAGUAGGAAGAUAACUGAGACCAAAGGGAUGCUUUGUUUGGCUAAGAUUGUUCAGAAUGAGCAAGGAGAGCUUCAGUUUAAUUGCUUGAUGACGAUAAUGGAGGUAACUGUAGCUGCUGAAUCCAAUGCUGACCUUCGUCGAGCAGCGUUUAAAACCAAUUCUCCUGCUGCUAAGACUGUUGUGGAACAGCUGCUGAGGAUAAUUAAAGAGGUGGAUAACCCUGCAUUGCAAAUUCCAGCUAUGAAGUCCGUUGGUGCGUUGGCUAGGACGUUUCCCGCUAGAGAGACUCGGGUAAUUGAACCUCUAGUUGCACAGAUGAGUCAUAGAAAUGCAAAAGUAGCAGAUGAGGCAGCACUUGCUCUUACCAAAUUUGCUUCUCCGGAUAAUUUCCUACACGUUGAGCAUUCUAAGACGAUAAUUGAAUUCAAUGGCAUCCCGGCACUGAUGAGACUGCUCAGGAGUAAUGAAGUUACCCAGAUGCACGAUGGGCUAACUCUUCUUUGCUACCUUGCACUUCAUGCUGGCAACAGUGAGUCCUUGGAGCAAGCAAGGGUGUUGACAGUGCUUGAAGGUGCAGACAGAACAGUUCUUCCUCAGCAUCUAAAGGAAUUGGUCUCCAGGGCAAUAAUCCACCUCAAUUUGUAUCAUGCAGGAAUGAAUUCUCAAAGGAUGUCAUAUUUGCCUUGACCACAAAUUUAGCUUGUUUGAGGACCCUGCGUUUUUUGUGGGUUCACCGGUAUAGUGUUGAGUGAGGUGCAUCUGGCCAUCUCUUUGGGAAUAAGGGGGAUUUAUAGGACAAAGCACACUUAAAAAAAUACACUAGUUCUUUCAGCUUAGACUGUUUUUUCUUUUCCUUUUUCUCCCCAUAAACUAGUCAGUGGGGUGGCAGUUGUGCAGAGAUUUAUAUUGUAUAAUUAAAUGUUAAUCAUUUUAUUUUA